GAUUUUUCUGUCUUUGUCUCUCAGACCCAGGAAGCAAAAUGUUCUUCCUUCUCUACUUUCUGGUUGUGGAAAUGAAGCUCCACCUGAUAACAGGUUUAUUCAUAGUGACUGUUCCCAAGGAGUUUUAUAUGGCAGACUAUGGUAGUAAUAUCACAAUGGAGUGUAAUUUUGAUACUGGCGGAGAAGUGGACAUUGAAGCAUUAAGAGUCACUUGGGCAAGGGAUGAAAGAAAAAUUGUGAAUUUUCCUAGUAAGCAGGAAGACUCGGAAAUUCACAGCGAACCCACUGGAAGAAGAAUGACGUUAUUAGAGGACCAGCUGUCCCUCAGGAAGGCCUUGCUUCAUAUUAGGGAUGUCCAAAUAAUGGAUGCUGGCCAGUACCACUGCCUUCUUUUUUAUAGGGAUGCUGCUGACUACAAGUAUGUCACUCUACAAGUAAAAGCUUCCUACAAGACAAUAAAUACUCAAGUCAUCAGAGUCCCAGGAAACAAUGAAAUGGAGCUUACCUGUCAGUCUCAGGGCUAUCCUCUGGCAGUGGUAACCUGGCUAAAUAUCAGUGAAUCUGUGAAUACUACCUACUCGAAGACCCCUGAAGGUCUCUAUAACAUCACCAGUGUCCUAAGGCUAAAAGCAAACACUCGUAGCAACAUCAGCUGUGAGUUCUGGAAUGCAGCUAUUCAAGAAAGUACAUCUGCUAUCGUGAACACUUCAGAUCAAGAGAAAAUUCCAUAUAGAGAAUUACCCUUGGUUUAUAUUUUCAUUCCUACCUGCAUCAUCAUUUUUGUGGCACUAUUCCUGGUUUUCCUUAGACUACGGCAGAACUCAAAGGUUUCUCACAGAACUGGUGUGAACUUAUGACCUCAAGAGUCAAGAGCUGGAAAUUUUCUCAUCUGACAGAUUCAAGAGAAGUGAAUUAAGGAUCAAGGACUCAGUUUUCUACACCUGCAGCUUGCACUUUUAAAAAAUAUUUUGAAUAGCACAGCACUUUAAAUUUAAACUCACAAAAAGAAUACCACUAAACCUUUCCAAAUUCUUGCAAUGUAGCCUAGUCACAAUGUUUCUUAAGUUUAUCAGUACCAACUAUCAACAAAUCAAGGUGCUAAAUACUGCUGGACAGUCAAUAGCAAUGCCUGUUUUGCCCUUUUUAUUCAAUUAAUGUUUUUUGAGGUUUCUGUACUUUUAGUGAAAAUCCCCCUGGAAGCACUUCUUGACUUCUCUUCUGAAAACAGUUAAGACCUGGUGGCUGCUGGUUCUAGUUUAGUAUUCCACAGCUCUUUUACAUUACUACUGGAUCAAAAUAAAAGAACUAUUUUCCCCAAAUUUAACUGGAAAGGAGAAAUUUCAAGAACAAAGAAGAACUGGCAUUUGCUUUUAUAUAGAAAUGGACAGACUACCAAAGAGACUCCCUCUGCUGGGAGAAAACAUGAUAUUUGGUCUCUUCCCCCAUAAUCUCACAAUUUUGAAUUGUCUAAUUCAGAUUAUGAGCUCUAGGGCAGAGAAUCAACAAAUACAAAGACACCGUGUAUAUUUAGAGAUUGAAGACCUUCUGGGAGCUUUCUAUGGGUAUUUUACUAAAGAAAACAUAUGAAUAUGCAAUAGUUCUUUAAACUGUAUAAUAAAAUUGAGUUAAAUUUAAAAAUAUAUAGCAACUUGGGUCUAUCAUUACUUAGUGUUGUAAUCAUGUAUUUAUGAUUGUAAUUACUCCAAGGAUAAUUCUCAUUUUCCACCCAAAGCUGAAUAUUAACUGAAAACAUGGAAGUGUUGAUGUGGCAUAUAUGUGUAAUUUGCCAACAGAAUGGGUUUGGGUGAAUUCUAUUGUAGUCUUUUUGAGUUUGAAAUGUCUAUACUCAUUUGAACUCAUUUGAAAUAUUUAACAGGCAGUUUUAAAUUUCUGACCUAGAAUUCAAGAGAGAGACUAUAACAUGAUACCCGUGUUUCCCCGAUAAUAAGACACUGUUUUAUUAUUUUUUUGGACAGAAAAACACCAGAGGGCUUAUUUUCAGGGAUGGGCUUAUUUUAAUGAACAUUGACAGCAAUUUUAAUAAACAGGUAAAUGUGAACAAAAAAAGUA